CCUCGUCUUCUUCUUAUUCUUCGUUUCUUACUCUGUUUUUUCAAAAAAGAAACUCAAUCUUCAGUUUAGUUACGAAUAUGUAUCUGCGUAUGUGUACAUCUCUAUUUUCUUAUUAACUGUAGAUUUUGACUGGAAAAAAAAUGAUUUUGGAUUCAUUAUUGAUGAGCUCACCGUAUACGUUUUGUGGGGUACUCUUUGUUUCGUUUCAAAUAUUAUUAACCUCAAAAAGAUAAUUUCUUGAUAAAAAGGAAGCAAAUCUUGAUAAACUUUCAAGAAGUCGAAGAAAGUCUUCUAAUGAUGAACUUGAUUAGUGCAGAACCAACUGAUCUCUGUUUAAUGGUGAGCUUGACGAUGGAAGAGAAGCAAUUGGACUUCAACCGCCCGCUUCUAUCAGUUAGACGUCCCACACAAGCUUCAGAGCCCGAGAUCAAACCAAGAUCUUCCGAUCCAGUAACCAACAAGGUCCCUCCUCCUUCGUCUCCACCGGUUUACAAGUCUGAUAUCAAGUCAGGUCCCGUAAGGAACCCAGGAACCGUCCCUUUCCAAUGGGAACACCAGCCUGGAAAACCAAAAGACGAAACCAAACCGGGUUUACAAAGCUUCGUUGAGCCACGUUAUGUGCCAAAGCUUCCUCCUGGGAGGGGUAGAGAAGGACAAGUAUCAUCAGUGAGGAAGCCUGAAACUAGAUUCGAGGAUACUUAUCUUGAUGCAGCUGAUACGCUUUCGAGAUCUGAGUCGUUUUUCUACAACUGUAGUAAUGUGAGUGGUCAUGGUGGGACGGUGGUAGAGCCUUUUGGAACUUUAUCGAGUGAUAGACAGACGCAGGAUCUAAUGAUGGGGAGGUUCUUGCCUGCAGCUAAGGCCUUGACUUCAGAAAUACCUCCUAAGGCAGAGGAACCGGUUAAGGAGAAACAGAACAAAGCUGGGGAUAAUCAGAUUUGCUUCAGAAGCUCUUUUGGAGUGUUGAAUCCAGUUCCGUCUGUGAGGAUGCAGGCGCAGAGAGCUGUUUCUGUUCGCCGUAUGCGUUCUAAGUAUCUAGAUAGUUCUAAUGAGCCUGUGAACGAAGAUGAGAGGAAGUUGAGACUAAAUGGUUCAGUUGCACAAGGUGGGUCAUUACCAGUUGAAAGCUCUUGCACUUCACGCACUAAGGUCAGCAAAAACUUUGGUGAGCUCUUGGCUAGUGAUGAUAACACAUGGAAACCUUCUUCAGAGUCUCCUGUGGCUGAGAAAACUCUGUAUGUAGAUACUGUGCAUUCACUAGACAAGAUGGUACAAGAAGAGUCCAUGGAGCAAUCUUUACUUACAGAAGAAGUGCAGAACUUGAUUAGACCCGGUGAGGAAAGUGUUAUAAGAGAUGAGGCUUUCACUGAAUGUACUGAUCAAGCUAUUGUUGCACUGCCAAAGUCCAAUGUGGUUGUGGAGGUUACAAAGGAGAAGAUUGAUCUUGAAGCCAAUUUUCAGAGAAACACAAGGAAUCUUGAAAGUACCAGGCUUCACCAACGUUCAAGUUAUCAUAUUGUGCCACCACCACCAUUACCAAAAGCUCCUUCAGAUUCUUGGUUGAAGCGUACAUUGCUUACAAUCCCACCAAAGAACAACUCAUUCACAUGGUUACAGUCUCUUGGAGCUGAUGAUAAUAAGAUUAAUCAAGCAAGUCCCAAGUGGGAAACUAUGGUCAAAACCUUCAAUACACAGCAAGGGUUUGUGUGCUUCUCCAAGGAGACACUCAACCCUAUACCAGAGGCUUAGCAAGACCUGUAUGUUUUCCACACCAACUUACUUGUAAAUUUCAACAAUAAAGAUGGGAUGAGCCAAUAAAGUUUGGGGAUUUUUAGUAUAAAUCAUGAAAUAAAAGGGUCCUAAAUGAGAAAAGCUAUGAAUAUAGGUUUGGGUUUGUUUCUUCUUGUUGAAGUCAUGUACAGCUAACAGAGAUUUUGUGGCAAUAAUACUCCAUAAUUCCAUGUGACACUGUUUCUUUUGCCCUUCUUUAUAUGUUAUCUACUACUAGUAAUAGACCUUUUUUUUGUUCUUUUGUAAUUAUGUUUCUGAAAUGUAAAGCUGAGAAAGUAAACCUGAAGACUGCAGAACUGAAUUAAAUACAUUACCUUAAUGGUUACUAGCGCAAUUAUUGAAAAUAAUUUUUGGUGUGAGAAAUUCAAAGUUGAUCCUCUUUAUAGUGUCAUGGAAGGUCAAAUAUGUUUCAAGAGUAGUAAGAAGAUUAUUAAUAUAAGAAAAAGAUUAUUAAAGAAAAGAGAGGUUUCUUCAUCAGCUAGGUCGACAUGAAAGAAACUACUGCUUUAAGAGAUGGUUUAUUGAUCUUCGUGAUUCUUCUAUCUUUAACGCUUGUAUUCAUGGCGGUUUUUACUUGCUCCAAAGAGAAGAAAAAGAAGAAAGAUUCCGGUUGCAUU